AUGAUACUGAAUGGAUUAGGCAUCCGCCGGCUUGUCAAACAGUCCAUGGUCUCUAAUUCUUUUGUGUUCAGGACAAAUCUGGUAAAGAGUAAAAUGUUCAAUAUACGAUAUCCAACCAGAAGCGUUAAGGCUUUCACCGGACCUAAAGUCUUAGCCUCAGUAUCCCUUAGGACUUUUCAUACCACAUCUUCUAGAAAUGCUGAGUUUUGGAAGGUUGGAACGAAUAUCAAAAUUUUCAGAGGAAUGUUAAAGGAAUCAGGCAGUUCACAAUGGAAGUAUAGAGUCGUGUUGUUUCUUUGUAUAUUCACAAUUAUGAAUUUCUUGUUUAAUGUGAUGCUGACUAUUUUAACAAAUAUAUAUUUGGAAAGAAUUCAAGCUACUAGUUGGAAAUUUGGGUUUUCUGUUAAUACGGAUUUCAAGACAGGGCUUGUGGAUGAAUACAUAAAACUCGAUGAAACUGCUGCAAAUAGAGAUUACUACAAGUGUAUUAAAGCUUUGGCCAAGGACAAUGGAAUUAUUUACAAUAUUGACGAUCAAGUUGACGAUAUCCAAAAGAUCCUUCUAGGUACUGAGGAAUUAGGCAAAUGGUAUAAUCAAAAAAAUAUCAAUUAUAUUUCUGUAUACUGUGAUUUGUUACUCAGAUAUGCACUAACAAGCGAAGAAAAAAACUUUCAGGAGGUUGACACCGUAAUUAACAAGGCGUUUGAGCUAAUCUCAUUUUAUGAGAAUAAAGCCGGAGAGAGAAUAGGAACUUAUAGUUUGAAAAACAAAGCUUUAAGGAUUCAGGCCGAUCUUUUGAGCGCCAGAGGACGGCCAUUUCAAGAAGUCGAGAAGAAAUAUUACGAUUCCAUUCGUUUGGUUAUUGAAAAUGAAUAUAAAAGUGAACACUUGGAUUCCACCGAUAUUGCUAUCGUGCCAGCUGAUGAACUCUCGUCCAAUAACCUGACUAAUACCUUGUUAGAUCUUUGUGCAUUCUAUACAUCAACAAGAGAGGAUAAAUAUAUCCAAAAGGCUUUGUCAAUUCUUUUAUCGGAGCUUAGAUCUUUGGAAACCGAGUUUUUGAACCUUGAUUCACAAUUCAACUCAAAUGCUAUUUUCAACAGAAAGACCAAGAAUUUAUCCACUGAAAGUGAGAAAAGGCUAAUGGAGUUAAGAUUUGAAAAAAUCCCUCUUAUCAACUUACAAAUAAGUGAAAUGCUGUGGUACCAGAAGAGGUACGAGAAGGCAAUACAGUUUGCAAAAGAGUCUGCACAAGUUUCUAGCAUGUAUGCUAAUUUGAACUUCAAUUCUGCCAAGAUUGCGAAGAUGGGAUUUGCGAAUCUCUCUACAAUGUUCCAACAUUUAGGUGACAAAGAGGGCUCAGAGCUUUGUAUUAAACGUGCUGACGAAAUUUCAAUUCCUAUGGAGGCCUUUGCAAGGAUGUCUGGAACUGUCCGUGAUGUCGUCUUGGAAUACUGGUUUGGUUCCUGGGGUAAAUUUUUAUUCCCCGGCUGA